AUGGCACCAACCGCUAUCGAUCUCAAUAGGGAGUAUGCGAACUCCGUUGAAGCAGAAUCUACGGCUCCAUUUAAUAAGGCUGAAAGAAAAAAUUCCAUUGCCGCGGCCCUCGGCUUGAGCCCAGAUACGAAAAUUCAUUAUAACUCGGCCGUUCCGAUUUUGUACGAGGACGCACUAAAGGAGAAAGGUACCACAAUUUCUUCUACAGGUGCUCUUAUUGCAUAUUCUGGAGGCAAGACGGGAAGAUCUCCAAAAGAUAAGAGAAUAGUUGCAGAAGAAUCUUCUGUACAUGAUGUCUGGUGGGGACCCGUUAAUAAGAAGGUUGAUGAUCAAACCUGGAAAAUUUCGCGUUCCAGGGCCAUUGACUACUUGAGAACCAGAGAGAAAGUUUACAUAAUUGAUGCAUUUGCCGGCUGGGAUAAGAGAUAUCGUAUCAAGGUGAGAAUUGUGUGUGCUCGCGCUUACCACGCCUUGUUUAUGAAAAACAUGCUUAUCCGUCCGACCGAGCAGGAAUUAAAGAGCUUUGGUGAACCGGACUUUACCAUUUGGAAUGCAGGUCAAUUCCCAGCAAAUGUCUUUACCCGAGGUAUGACAUCGGCAACAACGGUGGAACUGAACUUUAAGGCUAUGGAGAUGGUCAUUCUUGGCACAGAGUAUGCAGGAGAGAUGAAGAAAGGAAUCUUGACUCUCAUGUUCUACUUGAUGCCAAUAAAGCAUCAUGUUCUCACAUUACACUCUUCCGCAAACAUCGGAACCCAGAAUGGUGAUGUGACGAUGUUCUUUGGACUUUCAGGAACAGGAAAGACAACAUUGAGUGCAGAUCCACACAGAAAAUUGAUUGGCGAUGAUGAACACUGUUGGUCAGACCAUGGAGUUUUCAACGUUGAAGGUGGAUGCUACGCAAAGUGUAUUGAUCUCUCUGAAUCCAAGGAGCCAGAAAUUUUUCAAGCUAUAAAGUUUGGUUCCGUUCUUGAAAACGUCGUUUACGACCCUGUUACAAGGGUUGUCGACUAUUCCGAUUCAUCAAUUACUGCUAACACUAGAUGCGCCUACCCAAUUGAGUUCAUACCUUCUGCUAAGAUCCCAUGUCAGGUGGAUACACAUCCUAGCAACAUUAUUCUUUUAACAUGCGACGCUAUGGGUGUUCUUCCUCCAGUUUCCAAGCUCACUAAGGCGCAAGUUAUGUACCACUUCAUCUCUGGCUAUACAUCUAAGAUGACUGGAACGGAAGUCGGAGUCACAGAACCACAGGCAACUUUCUCCGCCUGCUAUGGUCAACCUUUCCUUGUUCUACAUCCAAUGAGAUAUGCCCAACAGUUGGCUGACAAAAUGAGUGCUCAUCAUGCUCAUGCCUGGCUGCUCAACACUGGAUGGACAGGAAAACCAAUGUCAAAGGGCGGAAAGAGAUGUCCAUUAAAGUACACCAGAGCAAUUUUGGAUGCAAUCCAUUCUGGCGUCUUAGCUAAAGCUGAAUAUGAAAACUUCCCAACGUUUGGACUGCGGGUUCCAAAAUCUUGCCCUGGUGUUCCUUCCGAACUUUUAAAUCCUGCUCGUAACUGGUCAGAUGGUAAGGCUGAUUUCCAAAAUCAGGUUACAAACCUGGCUCAGCUUUUCAUGGAGAAUUUUGAAAAGUAUGCUUCCUCUUGCACCGAAGAAGUUUUGUCUGCAGGUCCAGCUAUGUAA